AUGGAGGUUUCGGACAGCUGCCCCGUCUCCCCGCCCGGGCUGUUCUACCGCGGCGGCUGCGCGCCAUCCCUGGAGGCUUUCCACGGAGGCAGGACCUGCCCAGGGGAGGGCGAGGGGCACGUGGGUGCCCUGGCGGGCCGCUGCCUGGCGUGGGCCUGCGGGGCCUGCAAGCGCCGGCCGAGCGCUGCCGACCGCCGGCAGGCCGCCACUGCGCGGGAGAGGCGGAGGCUGGAGAAGGUGAACCGUGCCUUCGAGGCGCUGCGCCGCUGCACCGCCGUCACCGCCGUCACCGCCGUCGCCACCACUGCCGGCUCCAGCCAGAGGCUGCCCAAAGUGGAGAUCCUGCGCAACGCCAUACACUACAUCCACAGCCUGCAGGAGCUGCUGCGGGACCAGGUGGAGCGCUACUACGGUUCAGAGCCCGGGAGCCCCACGUCCAACUGCUCCGACGACAUGAUUGAUUGCAACAGUCCUGUUUGGUCUGAGGUGAGCCAUGAGAACGUGUAUAACCAUGACAUAUAUAAUGCCGGCAGCGGAGACAGGGCCGUGGCUGUGUCCAGCUUGGACAGUCUGUCCAGCAUUGUGGACCGUCUGUCCUCGGAGGAGGCCAGCUGCCUAAGCACGGCCACCCUUUCGCCCUGCAGCGCUGACUCACAGCCUGAAACUUCUGGAGCUUCUGACACAUGCACAGGACCAGUCUACCAUGUGCUGUGA